AUGCCCAAAUAUAGUUUUUGCUGCGUUUGCCAGGCCCCGAUCGGCACGCAUUUCCGAUCGUCGGGUCCCACACCGGUGAUCUACGACCAAAUAAAGUGGUGGAGCUUCUGCCGAAUCAUCCCCCGUCUGAAUGAUCCUGCCUCAAGCUUUGAAGUCUCCCAGAUCUAUUAUACUGUGGAUGGGCUGUCCCCGGAGCCUCUACCAAGUGAUGCACAAGAAAGCUGUCAGGCAGGAAACGCUAUACUGGGUGAUGGGCAAGAUCGCAAUAUGGCUCACCUAUUGGGCUGUACAUGCACCCCUACUAGUAAAUGUCACCUUCGACAGCAUGGUUAUAAAAUCCAUGCCUACUGCUGGAGUGUUUUGGAAAGGGUUGCAGGGCCUCUCGCCUCCGAAAAUCUUGACGUCGGCCUGAAAAGCAUCGACCAGGUGUGGCAAGCAUCAUCAAUCUGCCUGGCAGACUGGCAUCUGGGCCACUCAGAAACGGUGUGCGUGCCCGACCUAACAACGCAUUGUUCUUGGAUGAAUUAUGCAGCAGCCUGCUUCGCAAAGGCAGAUGAUCCAUUAACAAUGCGAUCACCAAUACAAAUUCCUGGCCUUGAGGCUGCAAUUGAAUGGUGCAAAAUAUCCAAUAACUUGACAGUGAGUGGAGACGAACCGAGAAAGAACGUCAGAUCACCCAUAAACAAACUACCACUGGAGCUUCACCUGGAGAUUCUUGAUGCCCUGACAGAUAAUAUGGACAUCGUGAAUGCGAUCCGCGCGUUUGGAUGGCAGAUACCUGACGGUUACCUAAAGCAACGCACCCCCUGCAAAGCCAUCUACGAACUAGAUCCGUAUGGGGUGUGCGAUAUCGACUGGCUGAAACUGAUGGAGCAAUUUGGUUGUCACCACAAAUUAUUCUACAAUAUGAAGAGUAGACUUCACAUUUUUGGCAUUGCAGCUGACAUCCACACUGAAAUGGCAAGGAAUUUGUCUGGGAAUAAGAGCUAA